AUGGACAUCACUGGAUUCAUAGUAGCCCAUAGGGCCGAAGCCCUGUCAAUGGGCGAUUACAACAAGUAUCGUGCCCUGUUAACUCGGAGAUUGCAUACGCUCAACAAGCGGCUGGGAAGAACAACUCCCAAGGGCAAGAAGUACUCGACGAAGGCAGCUAUCACACCGGGUGACAUAGCUAAGGAUCAUGGUUUUGUCCGUAUACUUCUCCUCUCUGCAGAACGGGCGUGGGCGGAAGCCAUGCACAUGCGAUCUGUUCAUUCUCAAGACACGUCGAAGAAAGGGAUGCUGGCAUCCGCACUUCAAAGUCGGGGGGACUCGAAGGCUUCUAGAAUUGACCUUCUAGAGGCUCACGCUUAUCUGGCCUCGUUAUCAACAGCAUCCUGGAUGGAAAGACGGCAGUGGGAAAGAUGCCUGAAGCAGGCAUCGCUAGCUAGAGUUAUAUAUGCUGCGUUGGAGAAGCAGGACAAGCAAGGGUAUACCCAGGAAUUUAUUUCAGGGACCGUUGAUCCAAGCAUACGAUAUUCCGCCUACCAGCUCAAAGUACCCCGUUCGAUCCCUCUAAGUACGAUAGCGAAGAAAUAUUUCCCGGCAGACUCUCCUUUGAAGCAAGAAGUUGAGGCCAUCGAUCCUAGCUGUCUCAGUGAAGAUUCUCUGGAAGGAGGACCGACUGCUUCCGGUGACUCUCAGGCUUUCCCACAAACUAUUACUUGGAGAUCAAGAACGGUGAAAAUUGAAGAUGCAGCAAUAUCUCAGGCAUUAGCAUCUGCAGCCUCUGCUGAAGCCCAGCUCUCAGCGUGGAUCGCAAAACAGAAGGGCCAGACUGCGCCCGCAAAGGAGACGGCUGCGAAUUACGAUAAUGUAAUAAUUGCAAGUCAAGAUGCCGUUGACGCGACCAAGGCGGCGAUCGACGAGCUGACUAGCGAAGGAAUUGACCAAGGUGAUGCUAGAAUGCAGAGUCUACAGAUUACUAGAACUGCAGUCAACUACCGGCUUGUAGGCUGGCGUGUUGGCAGGAAUAGGGUACUCUGUGGCGGUGCGGAUGGCCUAAACUUCACCUCGGGAGGUACUACUCGCCGAAAGGGGAACCAAGGGAAAGAAAUUGAAACUACCAAAGAAGAAAGUCUAGGUAGACGCCUUGGUCAUCUUCGCGAGAAUGUUGUGCUUUAUGACUCAAUCCUGCAGAGUCUGGAGUCUGUUAAAGAGCUUCCGGGUGUUGCAGCGGAUGCUGAUUUUGUCAAGGAACUUGAGGCGAAACACUCCUACUUCAAGUCUCUGAGAUGUCUCGCUAUCGGCAGAUCUCACGCAUUCAAAUCAAGCUCCAAGAAUGCUCUUGCAUUGUUCAUUCGGGCUGUAGAUCUUGUGUUGAACGCUCUCUCGUCAGCAUCGGAUGACGGUGAUCUGUUGAACCACCCCCUGAGGGCUGAUGUAUCCCGAUCGCAGGUGAAAACACUUCAGGUCGAGCUGCAGCAUCUGGUCUGGCAAUAUCGGGGCAUAGUUGAAAUAGAAAAAUUGACAGCAGAAUCCAAGGAGAGUGACCCGGCAACUCUACCACCUGUGGUCCAAAGGAUGAACGAAUAUCAGUUGGAAGGGGUUGAUUUGGCGAACCUCGUAGCCUACCCACCCAGGCUUGAGCCUAUCCCUGUCAAACCCCUUUUCCUAGACCUAGCCUGGAACUACAUUGGGUACCCGACAGAGAAGAAGGAAGUUCUUUCUUCAGCAAGCAAGGCUGCGGUGAAUGAAUCUGCUACCGCUGCUGAGGAUAAAAAGGAGACAAAGAAGGGCUGGUUUGGCUUUGGUCGUUAA